AUGCAAGCACGUGGUGCACCGGUUCCACCGAUGAAGGGUAUACCCAUUUUCCUGCUCGCAGGCGAAACAGCGAGCGAAGAAGACGAUGCCUUUGUUCACUGGGUGCACUAUGUGCGUCGCCUCAGCAACGUUUUUGCUCUAAGGGCUAGUGCCCAUGCGGCGGAUGUGCGUCUCGAACGCAAGCUUCGGUAUGAUUAUGCCAAGCUUAAGGCCAGAGGCCAAAAUGCGCUAGCGCACGCGCUAUGCUUCGGCUACUAA